AUGACAUUGUUAGGAUCUCAUAUAGGCCUUUAUGAUCUGCCUGUAAAUGGAUUUCUCUCAAAGUUGAUAUGUAAGCUGACAGGAGACACCAUUAAUAAGUCUGAGGAACAUAUAUGGAAGCACAUCAAUGGGAAACGAUUCCUCAAUAAACUAGAGGAAAAGGAAACAGGGAAGCCAACCUCUAAUGGAACAGUAGAAGAGAAAGUUGAGCAGAAGCCCAAAAAGGCUUCAAAGCAAAGUACAGAUGGUUUGAAGAAGAAGAAGCAGAAGGAGAAGGAGAAGGAAGUUGAAGAGAUUAUCUCUGAAGUUAGAAAUAUGUCUGAUAAUGACAGUGAUGCAGAAGAAGAUGAUUUUUGGAUGCCUCCAGUGGGAGAUCGUUGGGAUUUUGAUGAUGGAGCACACACACAGCAGUAG